UGUCACUGUGAUAUCUGUGUUAAAUCUUUCUCUGAGGAAUGUGCUAUAUAUACUCAUAAAUAUUUUCUUAUAGGAGAGAAGACCUAUCACUGUGAUAUGUAUAGUAAAUCAUUCUGUGUGGAACAAUAUUUAACUAAUCACAAACCCAUUCAUACAGGAGAGAAACCAUAUCAAUGUGAUAUCUGUGGAAAUUCAUUCUCUGAUAAAUGUCACCUUUCUUCUCACAAAUACAUUCACAGAGGUGAGAAACAAUAUCACUGUGAUAUUUGUGGUAAAUCAUUCUCCCAUAAGCACAUCCUUACUUCUCACAUAUCCAUUCAUAAAGGAGUGAAACCUUAUAACUGUGAUAUUUGUGGUAAAUCAUUCUCUCAAAGGACUGGCCUUUCUUAUCACAAAUCUGUUCAUACUGGAGAGAAACCAAAUCAGUGUGAUAUCUGUGGUAAAUCAUUCUCUCAGAAAAGUAGCCUUACCACUCACAAAUACAUUCAUACAGGAGAGAAACCUCAUCAAUGUGAUGUCUGUGGAAUGUCAUUCUCUCAAAAAAGUAGCCUUGAUUCUCAUAAAUACAUUCAUACAGAUCAGUUUGGAGAAAUGUGUAACUUUCAUCAUACAUUGAUCAAGUGUGAAUUCUAUGCUGUAUCAUCAAUUGUAUAG